AUGGUGGUGCUCAAUCUCUUGGAGUCCUGGGCGGCGUACAAGUUCGAGCGGGCGGUCCCACUCGGCGGAAUGCGCCGAGAGCUUUCCAACCAUCUUCAGAGGCAGUUCCUCGGGAUGGACGAGGGGACAGCUAAAUACUGGCCCGCGGGGCGCUGCAGCGCCAUCAUCGAGUACGACGUCCCUCAGGCGGUGAAUCUGAUCUGGGGCGCCUUUUUCUCGAUUGCCAGGAACGCCGCUUCCUUUGCGGCACUCUUCGGGCUGAUGUGCUGGACGCACGGCGAGGCCCGACUUGCUCUGUCUGUCAGCGUCGCGACCCUGGUCGUGCUCUCCGCCAAUGUGUCGCUCAACCUCGCGUCGCGGCGCCACAAUUGUCUGGACUUGGCGAAGAGGAAACGGGAUUGGUACCUCAUGCGCAUGGCUGUCAGUACACGUCAGCUCCGUGAGCAUCGCCACGAUCACCAAGCUCGCGAUGUUGGCAUCUUGACAAUGGAGUAUCAAGAGGUGAACAUGGUCCACGCGAGUCGCAGUAGCCACUAUUUCUUCGCGAAACUGGCAGGUGCGACUGCUUCCAACGAGUUGGGCUUCUUGGCCCAAGCCAUCAUUGUUUUCUUUGCGGGAUCCCUUGUUCUAAAGGGGGAUAUUGAUAUUGGCACUGGCACCGUGCUCAUCACAGCAGUUCGGUUGAUGAUUUUCGGAGUUGAAGGCAUGCACUUGCACCGCACUUCAAGUCCAAGAGGGAUACGUCUCUCUACUUGA